AUGGAAGCAGAUUGCAGAAUGGAAGCAGAUUGCAGAAUGGAAGAAGAUUGCAGAAUGGAAGCAGAUUGCAGAAUGGAAGCAGAUUGCAGAAUGGAAGCAGAUUGCAGAAUGGAAGCAGAUUGCAGAAUGGAAGCAGACAUUCAGCUAACCAACGAUCAUUGUAAGAAGAACCCCGGCCAUACAACAUUCAUACCUUCAGACAUGUUUAGCUGUGAACAUCUUCCCUCUCGCUACCACGACACUGAACUUCUUGCCAGUUGCAUUCGUUCUGAAUCAGAUCUUACUGUCCGUGUGACUGUGAGAUAUGUUAGUGAUAAGAGACCUUCUACUGUGCCCGAUACUGACCAGGUUUUUCCAUUUUUUCACCGGAGAGGACAACGCAGAAUGACUGUCGGAACCGGAAGGAUACACUCAGUAUACGGAACCGGAUGGAUAUACUCAGUAUACAAGUUCCCAGACAAGUACAACUCUCAGUUUAAAACCUGUCCAUGUAGAGAAUGCCAGUUAUCUUCAGAACCAAAAAAACAAUUUGGGUUUAUUAUAAUCCAAACAGCAACCCAUAUAAUCUCCAACGACCUUGAAGGAGAACAUGCUACCUGCCAUCUUUUCUUUAACAGUGGGAGCAGACCAGAUGUCUGCAGCAAUGUUGUCACGCUGUCAGGGACGUGGCGAGUGUCUUCUGACAUCAUCACUGACCGUUGUUCGAUGAUUCACGUCACCCACGACAUGGACCUAGCGGCCAAUUUGGAAAGGAUGACGUGUUAUCGAGAUUACCUCAAGGAAAGCUACUUCAUCAAGUCUCUUCUACAUUGUCCCAUAGAAGAAGCAGAAAGCCAAGAUCCUCUAGUCUGCUUAGUGUCGCACCCACACGGAUGUAGCUCUAAUAUCAGUCUAGGGGUCGCCGUGGGCACUAAGGUGAAGGAACCAGGCAGAGUCAGCUAUAUGUAUGACACAGCAACUUGUCCUGGGUCCAGCGGGAGUAAGGUGUUCACGAUAUGGAAAGACUUGAGGCUGUGGGGAUUUGAACACACACACAGCAUAGGACGUUAUGAGGAGCUCACACAGAUCAGCAACAGCAGUCAUGGAGUCGGAUACUGUCCUCUUAUUCGUAGUCCAGCAGGUUCACCAGAUAAUAACAGUGAAGACCCUCCCAGCAACUCACAGGUGGAGCAAGAGAAUCAAGGUCGAGGAGAGGUACAGGAGUGUCUCCCAGAGACAGAUCUUCAUGGCUGUUACAUACUUUGCACAAAAAAUCCAGGUCAUCACAACUUUUUUCCUAUAGAUGAGUUUAGUAAAGACCAUCUCCCUCCUGAUAACCGCCAUCUCGUAGAACAUAUUAAAGUCCUGGCGAACAUCGUUGCUCUUGUUGCUGUGAAGAAGAUCAGUAGAGAGAGACCGAAGACAUUUCCUGGUACUGACACGAACUACCCCCAGACUCCGCAAAGAGGAAGUUCUUGGAUAUAUAAAGUUCUUAGAUUCGGAAACAGAAGUGGAGUUCGCAUGGGAAAGUGUACUUGUGAAGAAUGUCAAAAAUCUGAUGACCCAAAAGAAAAUUUUGCUUAUAUAAUAAUACAUACAGCAGCCCAUGUUGUCUUUGAUGACUUUGAAGGAAAACAUACAACAUGUUAUCUUUUUUAUCACAAGGGUAAAACUGUGGAGGCUUGUAGUGGGGUUGUUAAACUCUCAGGCAUGUCACGGGUCUGGAGUGAUGCUGAGAAAGAUGUAUGCAAGAUGCUGUAUGUGACACAUGACCCGGAUGUGAUAGAUCGUGUAGAAGAGGUCGUCAGAGAAUGGGAGAGUGCACGGAGAAGUUUUGAACUCAGGAACAAGAUAACGCCACUCAAGGAAAACUCACUGACCGAUACCAGUCGUCAAGCUCUGGUCGUAGCAGUGUCCCAUCCACACGGAUGUAGCAAGCAAGUUAGUUUAGGUCACUGUGUCAGCAUCGAUAACACGGGUGUUGGUCAGACUGUCUGCGAGUACACGACCCCAACCUGCUCUGGUUCCAGUGGAGCUUAUGUGUACGUGGAGGGAAGGGAUUGGCAAAGUUGGGAUGACAACAUACAUGCUGGAGCCCACGACAGGAACCAUGGUAUCAACUUCAGUAGCUGA